AUGGACGUCCAGCUUCAGUCCCAGGGACUGGCCCGUCAUUCGCCCGAUCUCAGUUCUUACCAGCAGCAGCAGCCCGUCUCGCCUCACCAGACUCCCCAGAAGUCGCGGCGACCGCUCUCCUACCAGCCACAGCCCACGUACCUCGAGCCCGGCCGACGCUCGCAAACCGCAUCGCCUCAGGGACGCCCGGGCCCCGUCCCCGUCUCCGGCCGCUUCAACGAGGAGUGGGACGCCAGCCAGCGCGGAAGCUCCAUCCUCCUCGACCACCAUCGCCAUCCAGACUCCCCCGUCAUGUCGAGCUCUGCCGCGGCCGGCCCGGCGGCCAUGCAGCGCUCCAACUCGGUCAACAGCUAUGCCCCCGGCGACGAUCGCGCCCUGCCUCAGAGGGGCAACACGCUCAAGAAGAAGGCGUCGCUGCGACGCAGCGGCCCGGGCAGCCUGGUGCGCUCCAGCAGCCGUCGCAGCGCUCGCGCGGGAAGCGUCAGGAGCCUUGCGCUGCAGAGUGCGACUGACCCCGACGAGCUGCACAGCGCAUUCUUCUGUCCGGUUCCCACCAGCGGCUCUCCGACCGAUGUGCUUGCCGCUCGAUUCCAGACCUGGCGGAAGAUCCUAAAAGACCUCAUUACGUACUAUCGCGAGAUACAUUCCCACUAUGACCAAAAGGCCAAGUCGUUCGCCAAGCUCUUGAGCGUCUCCAACAACCUUCAGAACCCGACAGCGUUCCUCCAAACUCCUGGCAUUGACGAUGGGCUCCAAAUUCUUCGCAAUUAUAACAAGCUCGCCCUUCAAGAGGCCACAAAGGCCAAAGAGAUAGAGGAUGAUGUCAUUCUGGCACUCACCGGGCUGAGGAGCGAUCUGCAGCAGAAGAUCAAGGAGAUCAAGCACCUUGCCGGCGACUUCAAGAACUCUGUCGACAAAGAAAUGGAAGCCACCGGCAAGGCCGUCAAGACGCUGACCGAGGCGCUGGGAAGGAAUGAGAUGGACAUGUCUGCGACCACAGGCAAGCAGGAUCCGUAUCUCCUCAGGCUCGCUGUCGACCGCCAAAUCGAGCGCCAGAUUGACGAAGAAAACUACCUGCAUCAAGCCUAUCUCAACCUCGAGGGCUCUGGCCGCGAGCUGGAGUCCAUCAUUGUGGGCGAGAUUCAGAAGGCGUACAAUGCCUACGCCGGCAUCCUGAAGCGCGAAGCCGACAAUGCUCUCGGCGUUGUCGGGGAGCUUCGCGACGGGCCCAUUGCCAUGCCCAAGGAUCAGGAAUGGGAGCACUUUGUGACUACCGACAGCCGGAUGGUCAACCCAAAAUUGCCCUUGCGCUCCGUCGAUCAGAUUCACUAUCCCGGGCAGGACCACAUCGCGGCGCAGGAGAUUCGCGCCGGGCUGCUGGAGCGCAAGAGCAAAUACUUGAAGAGCUACACAGCAGGAUGGUACGUACUUUCAACAACGCAUCUCCACGAAUUCAAGUCGGCAGAUAAGGCGCAGGCCCCAAUCAUGUCUCUCUAUCUUCCGGAACAGAAACUGGGAUCGCGGUCCAGCGAAGGAGGCCCGUCGAACAAGUUCAUUCUCAAGGGACGACAGACCGGCGCUAUGCACCGAGGGCACACCUGGGUGUUCCGAGCCGAGAGCCACGAGACGAUGAUGGCUUGGUACGAGGACAUCAGGGCCCUGACGGAGACAUCACCGGAAGAGCGGACUGCGUUUGUGCGGUCUCACUCGCGCAGGAGCACCAGCCGAUCAUCGCACCGGUCCAUCAGCAGCGACGGCCUGGACGAAGACCAAGACGAGGAGCCUUUUACGGCAACGGAGCAGGACGUUAUUCCCGGACCUCGGACGGAUCUAGCCUCGCGGCGGCCUCAACCAGGUGGGCGGUUCCCAUCCGACAUGCAAGUCAAUGCCCAACGAGGCUUACAGGUGCCUCGAUCCCCGUCUAGCGUAGCGUCCAGCCAGGAACCGUCUCCAGGCGCCCAUGUGGUUGCCGCCGCGACUGCGAUACCAGGAACCGCCACGGCCGCCUACUCAACAGAGAGGUACAACCGAAACCAAGAGGGCCAUCUGGAAUACGGACAGGAAGGCGUGACCCCGAUCACCGACGUGCACGCCCAGGCAGUGUCUGCCGAGCACGAGGCGCAGGUCGACGGCGUCAACCCGUACACGAGCGAGCCACUGGACCAAGGCCACGGCGAUCAACAGAAC